AUGUCGACGUGGGUGGAUCAGCUGAAAACAGAGCGAGACAAAAUGGCCGCGGACAAGAAGGGCGGCCCGAACACCACGGCUUCUUUGGUCGACAAGUACGGCAAGUGCCAAGAGAUCGUUGGCCGUGGUGCCUUUGGGAUCGUCCGGAUCUCCCACAAGGUGGACCCAAAAGACUCUAGGGUAGAGCAACUCUACGCCGUCAAGGAGUUUCGGCGUCGCCCUCAGGAGACCGCCAAGAAAUACCAAAAGCGCUUGACUUCCGAAUUCUGUAUCUCUUCGUCCCUUCGUCAUCCCAAUAUCAUCCAUACGUUGGAUUUAAUGCAGGAUUCGAAAGGUGACUAUUGCGAAGUCAUGGAGUAUUGUGCUGGCGGAGACCUUUACACUUUGAUCUUGGCAGCUGGCAAGCUUGAAGUUGGAGAGGCCGAUUGUUAUUUCAAACAACUCAUGCGAGGCGUCGAGUACAUGCAUGAGAUGGGUGUCGCCCAUCGUGAUCUCAAACCAGAAAACCUAUUGCUGACCACGCACGGUGCUCUAAAAAUCACGGAUUUUGGUAAUGGGGAGUGCUUUCGAAUGGCUUGGGAAAAAGAAGCGCACAUGACAGCCGGGCUGUGUGGAUCUGCACCGUACAUUUCGCCUGAAGAAUACACUGAUAAGGAAUUCGAUCCUCGAGCGGUAGAUGUAUGGGCUACUGGUGUCAUCUACAUGGCGAUGCGCACUGGCCGACACCUUUGGAGGGUUGCACAGAAGGAUGAAGAUGAGUUUUAUGAGCGGUAUUUAGAAGGUCGACGAGAUGAAGAUGGUUAUGCUCCAAUUGAAACGUUGCAUCGGGCAUGUCCUCCCAAUCUCUUACCGCUGAAGUCAAAUCUGAAAGCCCAUCGCUGA